UCUUUGGACAUUUGCAAUGAACGCACGUAAGCUUUCAACGCAUGUGCUAAACACAUCAACUGGAAAGGCAGCUUCCAACGUCAAAGUAACCGUUUAUCGCCUAAACGAAUUUCAGGAAUGGAUUGCAAUUAAACCGGCACAAACGAAUGCAGAUGGACGCUGUCAGUUGUUGGCAGAAGCUGAUUUUAUCAAUGGCAUCUAUAAAUUAACAUUUCAAGUGGGCUCAUAUUUUGCUGAGCAAAAUAUAAAAACCUUUUAUCCAGCAAUAGAUGUUGUUGUGGAUUGUUGUGAAGCUCAAAGUUAUCAUAUUCCGCUCCUAAUUAGUCCAUUUGGCUAUACCACUUAUCGUGGCACAUAGAUAU